AUGGGAGUGGGAGCGACCCUGCUGAACCCAGCCCGCCCACAGGAACAAUGCAUCACCUUUGACAGAGUCCUGAGCUCUGAUGCUGCUCAGGAGGCCGAGCAGGAGCUACUAGCACGAGUCCAGCCCACACUGGGUUCUGUGGGCCGAGGAUACAGUGUGGCCCUGCUGCUUUGGGGUCGGGCAACAAAGGCACCUGGGCUCGUGCCUCAGCUGCUGCAGAUGCUGUUUGAGGAAGUUCUGCUUCUUGGGAGCUCUGAUCCUGUGCUUAGUACCCUUAGCCUGGUGCAGCUCAGCCCCAGGGGGAGGACUCAAGACCUGCUCUCUCCAGGGACAGAGAACUUGUCGGUGCUGGAUGUGGCCCCUCUGGGCUUGGUGGUGGAAGAUGCCAGGGAAGUAGAGGUGCCUGACUCAAGAGCUGCCUCAGAACUUUACUUACGGGCUACAGGGGGUGAAGCCAGAGACUGCCCCCUGCUGCAGGUGCUGGCUGGUAAGGCUGCUGAUGAGGAGGUGGAGGGCUCUCUGUCCUGGAUUAUCUCCUGGCUCCUGGAAGGAAACAACUACACUGGCCUCCUUCUUCGCUUGGACCCUCAAGGCAGCUCCCUAAAUUUGCUCCAGGCUGCUCUCUUGGGGGCCGCUGGAAGGAGGAUGCAGGAAAAACAGGUGAAGCCCACCCUGUGGGAUGCAGCAGAAGAGUCCCGAGCCCGCCGGGCAGGCCUGAAGAGCCUGCGUUCAGGCCUCCUUGGGGACCCCCUGACAGAUGGUGGGCUCAGCCAGCUGGGCAGGGCACUGCGGGAACUGAAGGUGGUAAAAGCCUGGAGACGGUACCCAGGAAGCUGCAUGCUCAAGGGGGUCACAGCUGAGGCUGUGGGGCUCCCAGAACCACAGGCCCAGCAGACCCCAGAUAUGGCCCUGCAGUUCUUCCUGGCCCAGGCCCAGAGGCAGAGACUGCGUGAACAGCAUCAAAGUUGGAUCCAAGAGGAACUGAAGCAUUUGAAACAGCAGGAAAAGGAGGAGGAGGCAGGAGACCAGGUCAAAGGCCUGGUGGCUGGAAAAGAGGCCUCCAUGAGACAGAGAUGGCACUGGGAGCAGACAGUGCUGAGACUCCAGCUGGAGGCUCUUCAGUCAGAGCGGGAUACUGCAGAGCAGGACCUGAGAGCCCUCUAUGACCUGCAUGUACAGACCACCCGAGCUCGGACAUGCCACGUGUUACAGGUGUUCCAAGCCUGGCGGGGGCUGUGGGAGGAACAGACCAUGGCCACAGAGCAUCACCAUCGCAGCCUGCUGGCUGGCAUCCUGCAAGACACCAUCAACCUGGCUGCACAGAACCAGGAGCUCCAAACCCAGAACCAGGAGCUCCAAACCCAGAACCAGGAGCUCCAAAUCCAGAACCAGGAGCUCCAAACCCAGAACCAGGAGCUCCAAACCCAGAACCAGGAGCUCCAAAUCCAGAACCAGGAGCUCCAAACCCAGAACCAGCAGCUUUGGCAGGUUGCAGACUAG